UGGUCGUCGGCAGCUUUUUCUUUCAUUCAUGAAUGUCGGUGGUUCUAUUAACAUAAUCUAGCUAGUGAACGAGGCCAACAUAUGACUCACUCCACGUUCGGAAUGACAGCGACAGAGAGUGACAAUUAGCCGUGAUGUAAUUUGUCGGAGUGAGAAACUGCUGCAUGCUAAAAUAUGGCAGCUACUUGGCGUCUGCUUUGAUUCGGAGGAAGUGCAAGUCUGCUGAUGAUGAAGAUGAUAUCGCAGGAGGAAUGCCGAGUUGCGAGAUAAGACUUGACAGCUGAUUGCAACUGCAGUAUUCAUACAUAUCUCCAAGCAUAAUGGAGAAGGGGAAAGUAAAGAAGAUCAAGUUCGGCACAGACACAUAUCAUGGCUCUUCGUACGAAGACGUGCCUCUGGUGCAGCUGGAGGAGCUGGAAGAGGAACAGUUUGCAAGCUACUCUGGACCAGACAAGGGGCUUGCAUUCGUGGAUGACAAGGAUGAGAACAAUGGCAAUGAGAAGAAAGUCGCUGGCUGCUUGUCUUGGAACAAGAAGGAACAGCAGGCAUAUGGCAUCUGUAUAUCCUUAUAUGAGCAGCAUCCAAUCAAUUUCAAGAUGUCAGGUGACCCGGUAGCUGAUGCCUUUGCGAUCUGUGCCAGGAAGAACAACACUAUCCUGCUGAUUGCUGAUGGUGUCAACUGGGGGGAAAAGUCCAGGCUGGCUGCUCGCUGUGCUCUCUAUGGCAGCAUGAACUUCAUCAACAAGAGGAUAUUUGAGGAUAAGAAACCACCCUUGUCAACACAGGAUGUUCUCCAGUUGUUGCGACGUUCGUUCAAUGAAGCUCAUCGUAUCAUUCUGGAGAAGGAAGGAGGUCUCACAACGAUGUGUGCGUGUAUGAUUUGCCCUGUAGCCAACUCUGAUGAACAUGCUGUGUGCUGUGUGAACGUUGGAGAUAGUUUUGGAUUUGUUUUCAGUCAUAACAACGGCAUACGUGAAGUGACGAUAGGAUCACAUGACGUUUCUUCUGAGCGUGACAUCCGUGAUGCGGGAGGAGCCUUGGGUCCAGUGGAUGGCAAAAACCCAGAACUGCAUAAUUUGACUUAUUCUCUGACCUUUUGUCGUGCAGGAGAUGUUGUGUUCCUCACCACUGACGGGAUCUCAGACAAUUUUGACCCGGUUGUGACUAAGAUUGCGCUUCCUCGUAGAUCAAAUGAUGACAACUUUAAUAACAUGUCCCCUGAUUCUCCACACGCUGCAAUGCAUGCUAAACCCGAGAUGGAACCCAGAGAGAGACACAUAUACUCAAUGAAGGAGAUGGAGCGUGUGGUUCAUGAGUAUGAACUCAUCACAGAGGAGAACUGCUCUGCACAGGAGCUGUGUGGAGCUAUGGUGCAACAUGUCCUCAUGCUAACUGAUGGGAAACGUAAGAUUCUUGAGAACCCUGCGCUAUAUGCUCGAAGGAAAAUGACUUCCACAGAGCGAAAAAGACGUGAUUCUGAGAUAGUUGAGAAAAUGUCCAAAGCUCCUGGGAAGUUAGAUCAUGCAUCCAUAGUUGCUAUAGAAGUUGGUGCUUUUGAUCCAGUGGAUGAAGAGAAUGAGGAGAAUGUGUUCCCUGUUGAUAAUACAACUACCUCUGACUGUAACCCUGUCAUAGCAGGCCCUCAGACUCUCCCUCUGCCCAGCCCCACACAUGCAACCUCACCUCUCUCACCAACAUCACCAAACUCAAAAAAAUCCGGACCAAAGAAGUUUUUUGCUAAGCUGAAGAAUAUCCCAUCUCCAACUCUUCCUUCUCCAAGUCGUUCCACCCCAUCCUCCCUCCAAAUCUCCCCCAGGAAGUCCCGGCAUCGAUGGGGACGUUCACGGCAUGAAUCUGAAUCUGGAGUGCCCACCUCCCCAACUGUUCCCCAAUCUCCAACCAUACCUGAAUCUCCACUAGAGGCAGAAUAUGACCCUGCUAGACACUUGUGCUCCCCGAAGACUAAGAACAAAGGAAAAGAGUACCAAAGAAGCUUAUCGUGUGAGUCUGCUCUGUAGGCCAAUGGUGACUUUGUGAUCUCUACCACUCGGUAAACGUGAUACGUAGAUUUGUAUCUAAUGUUUCUCUAGGUAUUAUUCACAAACUGUACAAAAGAUGUUUUGAAAUAUACUUUGGAGUCCUAGUUAAAUAAUGUUUGUGUGUUAUGAUAAGUUAUGGAGGUAGAUUAAGCUGGAAAACAGAAUGAUGAGGAACUGGUUGAAGCAGUGACUGGUAACCAUAUUUACAAUGACUGAACCAGUGUUACUGUUCAUGUCAUGAAAUUUUAUGAAGUAAGAUAAAUUAUCUUAUCAGAUUUUUUGUUUGGCACAUGGUUAUUACCGAAAGUUGCACUGAAUGCAAGUAGGUUUCAUUUCCUUAAAUUGAGCCCUGAAUUUUAAUCCAGAGAGUGAACAUCAUGAAAGCCCAUUCUCCUCAUUUUAUACAGAACUUGAUGGCAAAUUUUUUUCCCCCAAUCCAAGUAGUCUACUGUUGUGUAUUUGAUCAUUAUACCUUACAAGGAAACAGUGGUACUCCAGUGGCAUUGUUUUAAUGGCUACCCUAAAAGGUUAUGUGUUUCUUACCUCGGUACUAGGAGUUAUUGUUACUACUAUGAUUAGUAAGGUAUUUUAAAACAUUUGGGUUAACAAUCUUUUUCUUACUAAUAUCUUACUGGUUGCUGGUCCUUUACUUUUGAAAGUGUCAAAACUGCUGUUGAAAGUCCUAAUCAUGAUGAUAUUCUACUCCAAAGAGUUAAAGGACCAACCAAUUCUUUUACACUACUGUACACUACUCUACACUACUCUAACUCGGUAAUAUGAAAGAAUUGAGUGGUUUUUAACUUGUUCUGAUUACUGAUGUUAUUGACGAAGACAGGAAUGAUUCUGAAAUUCCAUGAUCACACCAACUGUAUCUGUCUAGUGUCUAUAUACUGCAGUUUUUGUAUAGAUUGUGAUUAUUUUAUAUAAGCUGAUAGUGAAGGAAUGUCAUAUGUUAAAGUGAUAGGAUAUUGAUGUUGUGGUUAGUUGUAGUGAAGUGAUGAAAACAAAUCUGUAAAAUGGAGACAACCAAAGAAAACUGGUUAUUUUAUAUGUGCCAGUGUAUAACAUGGUUCUAUGGAGAAGAAAAAUGUAAAGUAAUUCUUUAUUGGUGAUGAAACCAAACCAGUCUCAGUAAAAUCAGAUCUUACUGCUCUAAGUCACUACACAAAUAUCUGUGGACAUAACAUCGCAGGUCACAUCAGAAUGGCUUUUCCACCCAAUCACCAUGAUCAAGAGUGUUGCUAUCUCGAUAGCAAAAGUAAAAGUCCAACUGUGUUUUCUCAUUAUGCAGCCUCAAAAAGGUAUAUAUUAGGAAUAAUGAUUGAAGCAUCAUCUCUCGCUUCAAUGGGAUAAAAUAUUAUGGAAUUAUUUUCCAUAGUCUGUUAAAGUACUGCCAUACAAUCUUGACAAGCUUUUACACUUGCAGGAUAUUCUAAUAUACGGUUUUCAAACUUUGAAUUGAGAGCUUGAUUAAAAUAUUUGUCAAAAAGUUGUCCAGAAUGGAAGUGUCUAUUUUUAAAUGUAGAGCUUGAGAUGGCUGUUUUCUGAUUUGCCAAUAUCAGCUGACAUAAGGUGUAAUGGAAUAUCUUCGGGUCUUUGUGUAGUUAUAGCAAGCACUUGAUCUGAUUUUCAUGAGAUUUGGAAGCAAAGUGAAUAGUGUUUAAUGUGUGAGUUGUUUAUAACAUAAGUAAUGUAUUUACUAUUAACACUUUAUGAAAUGUUAUCAAAUAAAUUGCAUACUUCUUGGAAAAGCAGCAUGUUAAACAUUUACUGCUGAGGUCUUACAGACAAAAUAAAAAGACAUGCAACAAAUACUUGCAUCACAUGAUUGUAAUGUGUAUAGCAUAACUCAGGAAGACUAUUUGGGUACCUGGGCCACAAGAUUUGUAAUGCUAGGUAACAAAGCAAAUAAACUGAGACAAUUUGUGAUUUGUUCAGCUUCAAUCAUGUAAAGUUUGUGCUUACGAGAACUGGCAGGGUUGGUAGUUUUGCUAAAUACUUUAAUCUAUAGUAUUUAUAUAUUUUAAAUAUUUUGCCAACAUAUGAAUAGACUAUUUAUCUAUAAGAAAAUAUAAUUUCCCUAUGUUUGGAUGAAGAUUUUGAAAAUAUGCAUGUUUAUUUAUCUCAAUAUGCUGUGACAUUCAACUGAUGACGUCAUACAGUGUUGAGAGGUCACACACCAAGGUUACCAUGCAGUGACGUCAUUGUAUAAAGAAUAUGGCAGGGCUACUUUCAUUCACUUCUGUCAUAAGCAGUAUAACAUGAUGAAAAGAAAUGUAAUUCAAUUUUUUUUUAUUCAGAACCUCAUAUAUUUGACUAUUUUAGCUUGUGAUUCUUGGCUUAAAAUGGUGAUAUUUUGAUUUUGUAUAUCCUUAGCUUGAAGCAAACACCAGUAUAUUGGUGCUGUUCUGUAUAACAAGUCUUAUGAUUACUAUUUCUGUUAAUGACAUCACAAUGUCAGUAUUGGCAAACAACAAGAGAGGUAAGAUGAAACCUCAGUUUCCAGUAUGUAGUUUGUAUACAGUAUGUACAGGUCUAUUAUAGAAAAGUUACUAAAGUGAGUUCAAAGACACAGAACUCUGCAUGCUGUUUGUCUUUUAUCCAAACUAAAAUAUUGACUAGCAAAAAUAUUGGAUUAUUGGAUUUUGAGAACUAAAACUUCGCUGGUUGAGUACAAUAUAACAACAGAUGGGUUUUAUAUCGUCAUUUUCUUAAUACAACCCAGUGUGGUAAAAGAAUAGCAUGCAUAUUUCUUUGUUUUUUCUUUGUUUGGUUCGACUGAGCUAAUGCCACCCUCACGUGUGAUAUCCUUAACCAAUCUUCAAGAGUAACGGCAUGUACAGUAGCUACGACUCUGAUUCUGUAAGAGGUAAUAUUGUUGAUGUUAUUUAUUUCACUGAAAUGUAUUUUAAUAUGUAAUUUUAUGCAUUUUUUUCAUUAUCUGAAUUUUACUGAUUUAAUGAGUCAGGAACAGUAUUAUUUAUCUGUUAGUGUUGUUGUUGUUGCAUGUGGUUCACAAAUUUCUCUAUUACAUCUUUUAGUAACCAUAGAAACAGGGUUGAUGUGAAUUAUUUAUGUUGAUAUAUCUCUGUACCUAUGCAUGUAGGGCUUUCUGUAGAAUACCCAUUUUGUGUUUAAAGACUUGAUAAUGACACAUUAACUUGAUGAUUAAGAAUCUCAUGGGGUUUGAGAUCUGUCAUGAAAAGGAGGUUUAACAAACUACUGAAAGGGCAUUAAAACUGAUAUACAUUGCAAUAUACUUGAAUAUAUUACCCCUUAAUUAUUAAGGGGUUAUGAUAAGUAAUGUUUAAUUUUUGAAGUGCUACAUAAGUUGACUUCUCAUUAGGGGGUUAUGGUUCAUGCACACAGAAACUAAUUUUAUUUAACAUAUUCUUCCAUUAAGUCUUCUAUAACUUUUCAAGCAGGUUUAGUUUGUCUGGUUUGUUAUAUGAUGGUAGCAAAAGCACAGUAGUCAGUAUUCAUAAUAUGGUAAUCAUUUAUGCAACCUCUUUGGUACAAUGGAUUGAUAUUAUUUGAACAGAGAUUAAGCACCUCCCAUGACCUGCCUAUUUAGUACCAUCAUAGCAAGCUUAUGUAAGACUCACAUCAUAUUUAACUCCCAUUUACUUAACUCAAAUUGGAAUUUCAUACCUCAAAGAUAUCCUUGCAUGUAUGGAUAGAUGUGUUUUGUUAUGUCAUAACAAGAACAACAAAGGAAAGGUGUGUUUAAUCAGUUGGAAUUUCUUAUUUAUUAUUAUUUAGGUUUGUUUAUCAGUGUAGUGUAUGUGUAUUAUGUAGCAAGGGUUAAACAUUAUGUAGUGCCAUUUUCAGUAAAUAAGAUCUGUGCGUGUUCAUGGAUAGUCACCAAUUUGGGUUCCCACUGACAUAAUACUUUACAAAUAACUUCAAAAUAUGUCAACAAUAUUUCAAGCACAGACUACAUAUUUGUGACAUUAAUUAAGUCAGCAGCAUUUGAUGAAAGAUAGACAGAUAUCAGUAUUUCUGCAUGCAAGUGAUCAGCAGAUAAUGACGAUAUUUAGUUUAUGAUCUCAAUUACUGAACCAGAUGAGUUUGACCUCUUCGAUUCUUUUGACAUAUAGUAUUUGACAUAAGUGUAAAUGUAUUACUGCACGUCUUGUAUUGAAACCUUAAAACCAAUUCAACAGGAGGAAAUUAGUCAUUCACUAAUUUCAGUUAAUUCGUACAUGCUAGUAUAUUCAUCAUGUAUAAUACAUACAUACCACAGACUAGAGGCUACAGACAGACAGACUGUCAUUGAGUUUGAUAUGACUCAGUUUGUUAUGGAAUGACCUUUGGUUCCAGGUGAACAGAAAUUAUAUGUAGACCACUUAAGGCUGAAGCUGCCCAGUAAAUCCCCUAUUUCAAAGGUUGUGCUAAGUAGCAACAGUUCGAGUAGAAAGACCUCAUCUGUGUUAGAAUAAUAGUUAAGAUUUCUAUGUUGAAUGGCACACGUGGGCAUAUGGCGCAACGUGAAAAGUAGGUUUGUGGUUGUGAAUUAGACGGCUAAAACACGUAAAUAUGUGCUAGAAAACUUUGACCCCCGUGAAUCACCAAAUUGUCAGAUCUAAAGCUUGAAGCCUAUUUCUGGGUUCAUACAAAUAGGACAUUGUAAGGUUCCUAACAGGGUUGGGGAAGUUGCCGUCGUCAAUGCUGCAGUGUAUGUAAAAUAACCAAAUCUCCAAAGACAAUCACGUUUCCUAUGCAAAACCUAUCAUUUCGGUUCGGCUGUGUACGUUGCAAGUUGUUUGUCGUAAGCAAAUAAGUUUGUCCUGUGUAAUAUUUUUAUUUACAAUUUCUUCUGUAUUUUUCUAUUUGACAUGGUAUCCUUUUAUAUCUAUUUAUAGUUUGAUCACGUGCGCAUCAACUAUUUUGCAUGGACAGUUGUCUCGAGUUAAAUGAUCAGCUUGUAGCAGUACGUCUAAAACAUUGCUUCAUCGUCUUCAGCGGCUGCUGUGACGUCAUCACAUCCGGGUAACAUUUGGUUAUCACCAUUUAUUUUCUGCAGUGGAGUUUUGACCCCGAGUGGUGUUCCAACGUAGUUUUUAAAAGUUUCCGUGCUGUGGCAGACCCUUGAAGCGAAGCUAUGACUUAAAAAAUAUACUGGUUACAUGCAUUGCGAACGUGGAGCGGGUCCGAGUUGAAUAUAUUGAAGUCGACAGGCGGCUGAUGCAUUAGAAACAAGGCUGUCAUGAAGUCCUGAUAACUCGAAUCUCCGAAUUUUCAACCGUUGUAUUUAUCCUGUGACAGUAGCUGGUAAAUGUAUGUGCAAAGACCGGUUACAACAAACUGUUGGUUUUGAAGAUAAUAUACAAUCAUUCCAUUUCAUAGCCAAUAAAAUUGUUACUGAUUA